GCCGUUAAGGUGCUCGGUUCUUCCGAGGAAGCUAAGGCCGCGUUGGGGUGAGGCCCUCACUUCAUCCGACGACUAGCACCGCGCCCGGCAGCCGCCAGCCCAGGACUCCUGCGCCAUGGCCUCCAUCUCCGAGCUCGCCUGCAUCUACUCGGCCCUUAUCCUGCACGACGACGAGGUGACCGUCACGGAGGACAAGAUCAACGCCCUCAUUAAGGCCCCCGGCGUCAACGUGGAGCCCUUCUGGCCCGGCCUGUUUGCCAAGGCCCUGGCCAACGUCAACAUUGGGAGCCUCAUCUGUAAUGUAGGGGCUGGUGGCCCUGCCCCAGCUGCUGGUGCCGCACCUGCCUGAGGACCUGCACCCUCCACCGCUGCUGCCCCAGCUGAGGAGAAGAAAGUGGAAGCCAAGAAGGAAGAGUCUGAAGAAUCUGACUAUGACAUGGGCUUUGGUCUUUUUGACUAAACCCUCUUUUGUGAUGUGCUCAAUAAACCAGACUGAAC